AGAUCAGAAGAAGAGAAGAGACAGAAGUCAUGUCCAAAGUGUGGCCAGCUCUCACAUGUCAGAAGGUCAGUGUGACUCUGAUGUUAGUAAAAAGUUCAAAAUGACAAGUUUGGUGAAGGAAUACAAACAAUCCCUAAAGGAAAAGAGACUUUCCUCUGCAGGGUCUGGUAAAAGAACAAGAUAUCCACUUGAUGUGUCCAUCUACAUGAGAACUAAGUCUGAUGAAAGACCUUAUGUCUGUAAAGAAUGUGACAAAAGUUUUAGUCAUGCAUAUAAACUUAAGAGACACAUGAAAAUUCACACAGGAGGGAAGUAUUUUAUGUGUACAGAAUGUGAUAAAAGUUUUCGUGGAAAAUCUCAACUCAAAAGACACAUGAGAACUCAUACAGGAGAGAAGCCUUUUUCGUGUAAAGAAUGUGACAGAAGUUUUAGUCAUCUAGUUUCUCUCAAAGCACACAUGAGAACUCAUACAGGAGAGAAGCCUUUUAAGUGUAAAGAAUGUGACAGAAGCUUUAGUGUUAAAUAUGGUCUCAAAAAACACAUGAGAACUCAUACAGGAGAGAAGCCUUACUCGUGUAAAGAAUGUGACAGAAGUUUUAGUCAUACAGUUUCUCUCAAAAGACACAUUAGAACUCAUACAGGAGAGAAGCCUUUUUUGUGUCAAGAAUGCGACAAAAGCUUUAGUCAAUUAGGUAGUCUCAAAUCGCACAUGAGAACGCAUACAGGAGAGAAGCCUUUCUCGUGUACAGAAUGUGAUAAAAGUUUCAGUCGAAAAUAUGAUCUCAAUAGACACAUAAGAACUCAUACAGGAGAGAAGCCUUUUGUAACCCUUCCGCUCUACUUAGUUUGUUUACAUUAAAAGUGGGGUCAUCUGGACCCCC